AUGCCACUUAAAACCCUUGCGCAAAUCGCAAGCACGGCUAAAGCAAACGCGACUAAGGCCGCUAAGAGAGCUGCUCUCUUAGCCGCUAAGAAGAAGAAGGCCCCCGCGCGCGCUCAGACUCAACCCGAACACGAAAAUGCAAAAGAAGUGGAAGAAAGAGGAGCGCCAAGGACUCGUGAACCAUGGUUCAUGGGUCAAAAGCGGGGAAUGAGAGAAUACGAAGAAUACGAAGGAAAAAAGGAGGGAAGUAGCUUGGCGCAUGUGAGGUGCGUCCAGGAGACCUGGCGUGUCGUCACAUAUAGCAAAAAAGAUGUCAUUGCUAUUGCUAAGAACACUUACAACUUUAUGAACCUCUCUCGACUGUCAUAA